AAAACAAAGGUUAUUUUUAUUUACCGCGCAAAUCGCAAUAUUUAUUUAAAUUCUCUCAAUGAACUCGAUACUUUAUCGUUUUUAAGAUUAUUUUAGGGCACAUAAUAUUGAAAAGAUAUGGCAGAAUCAUAUAAAUUUUCAUCGCUUCCUGACUUUGUUAGUAAUAAAGUGAAUGCAGUAGAAAAUAGUUUUCAGUUAACAUUAAAUUCUUUCAAAGAACUUGUCGUAGAAUUAGAACGAAUACACAUUGAAGCUGUGUCAUACAAAACCCAAUAUUUAUCACUUAAAGAUAAAUGCGAAAGCAAAUGUUGUUCAAGUGCUCAAAGUAUGUCAAAGGAAAUUGAAAAUAAGGAUAGUACAAUACAACAAAUUGCAUCAGCUCUAACAAGUUUAUUAGAAACAAAAAACCUAAGCAUUGUUGAAGAUAUAUUUAAAUUGAUAUGCUCAGAUUCAAAUGGUCCUUUAAUAAGUCCUAAGAAGGAAAUAUUAGACGAGAGAUCAAUACAGGAUGAUUCCGUGUCUGAAAUAGAAGGUACUCCAACGGGACGCAAGAGCCCUAUUAUAUCAAGUAGAAAAAUGAAAACCAACACUAGUAAUGGAUUGAGUUUGAGUAAAAAGAAAUGCCCCGACACUUGGGAAACACCAGAGAAGAAGAAUAUGAAACUACUAUUCCCUAGUCCAAGUAGAACAAAGCCGGGAGGCAGGAUGAAGCAAUCCCGUCUAAAUUUAGUCAAAGUGAAGUCCUCGUGCGUUGUUGACCUGACUUGCUCUCCGGAAACAUUGGCUAAAGCUAUCAGCUGCUCUGAUAUUGAAGUGAAGCCCAACAUCAAAAAAGAGUUGAUGGAUAAUGAUGAAACUAUACUACCAUCACCUACAAGUGGGCUGGCUGUGUCACAAAUAUUUCCACCUAAAUCAUUAGCAAGGAAUAGUCCCAAUAAGUUCAAAAAACCAUCAACACCUUUAAAGUUUAAAAUAGAAGAAGAAACAAUGCUGAAAGAUAAUUUUGCCGAUAAAAUGGCUUCUCCAACGUUUACACAGUGCAAUGAUGUAAAUAAACACAAUAAGCCAAGUUUAAAACUAAUCUCAAAGAUGUCCAAGCAAGACGAAAACAUGGAGUGUGAUGCAGAUGACAGUAUAUCACUUUUACAACAAAAUAGAAAGAGUCCAUGCAGCCCUAAAAAGGAACCCUUAGCAGAAAAUAACAAUGUAAUGAAUACAAACCAAGAUGACAUAGAGUCGAGCAUGUCAAUACUACGAAGUCAUCCUCAAGUUAAUAAAGUAUCACCCACAGGGGAUAAACCAGUAAAAAGAUCAAACGCAGAAGGUCCAGUUUAUAAAGAACCAACUGUCAGGAAAAAGAGUGAAAAGCGUGCCCUUCGAGGUUGGAGCUGUGAUGAAUGUAAAAAUUUCUACGGCGAGCUGUACAAGCACGACCCGCAAAUGCUAGAACAGAAAAUGGACGAAUGUUCGAAACACCGGGGUAAAAACAACCCCGUUCGGCCCAAAACACCCCCUGGCUUCUGGGAACCUCGCUGGGAUGUACCCACCGAUACUGAGGAAUUUAAUAGAAGAAAUAACGCUAUAUGAUUAAUAAUAAAUAAUUAAUUUUGUAGGCUAUAUGCUAUAAACAACUAGACUCAGAAUGUAAAGGUCGUCAAGAAAUGUCCGAUGGCGUUGUAUAAAACCCUCAUUGAAAAUAACACCUUAUUUCGUAGUAGUAAUGUCUAAAGUCUAUUUAUAUGACUCAUUAGAAAACUCUGCUUAAUAUACGCGUAGGCAGACUUUUGCGCCGGACUAUUUUAAGCGUGAAGUUGUUUAUUGUAGGUAAAUAUUUGUUGAACAAUAAAUUCAAUAGAUCUGAUCAAAACAAUUGUAAAUGUCUAAAAAUGUUCUCAUUUUAAUUUUUUGUUUGUAAUGGCACUUGAAACAUGUUUUCAACACAAGUUUAUAUUUUUGUAGUAAGACCAAAUAGAUUUUAGGGCCAUUUUAUUACUGUAUAAAUAAGUGAAUAUACUGUAGCAGUUUCAAAUAUUAUGUUCAUUUGAUUUUAUGUAAUGUAAAGGAUGGCAAAAUAAUUUUAAUUACAGUUCGAUUCAAACUUAAUGGCGGUUCGGAAAUUAGCUGCGAAUGCAUGUGCGCGCAGGUAUCCAACCGAUAAUAUAUAAAAUUGUUUUCUGCGCAUCAGAUCGUUUUAUGUUCCGAGCCACCAUUACGUUAAAAUCGUACUGUAAUUAUAAAAAGCAAUUGCAUGAGUUAUGGAUGGAGUAAUGAUAUAUUUUAUAUAUUUCUUUCUUCUCUUAAAUCUCUUUCUAUUUCAUUGUCAUAUUAGUUCUAUGUUCAAUUAGUAAGGCUAUAUUUUAUUGUCUGUAGAUUAUAGGAAAAAUUCGAUUAUUAAUCUAGCAAAUUUAUUUCAUUAAUAGGAAACUGACAUCUAAGUAUGUAUCUAAUUAUAUUUAAUUAAUAAUUUUCAAUUUACUCUUCUCAUUUAAUUUAAAACUAUAUGUAGGAACAUGUUGUACUGUGAUAAACUUUUGUAUAUAAGGAUAGGUAAUAGAGAAACAAAAUGU